UCCUCCACUGGGUGUUUACGGUUUGAAGGUAGAUAGAACCAGUCGGACAAGUACGGCGUCACCCGAGCGGUGUUCGGGAUUCGUCGUGAGAACUCGGCUGUCCUCGUACAUAACCAUGAGGAUCUACCUUGUGCUGGUGCUGUGCCUGGCCGGUGCCGCCUGCGGCAGGUCCGUACAGGAGGUGGAGAAUCUGCUGGAGACCCUCCGAGAGGCGCUGGAGACCGUCGAGGACCGGGAGUAUGAAGAAACGCAGAACAAGGCGCCGAUAACGAUUUGGGAUAGGAGGGCUGAGGGGGAGACGGAGACCGUCAAAGUCAGCGAGAACGGCGUGGUCUUCGCCGAAACGAUCAGCUUUGAUGACGAGCACCAAUGUGAGACCCUCCACGUGCCUGCGCACAACGGGCGGGCAGAGGUGGACAUCCGCCACUGCUUCAAAGAAAAAGAGCCCUCCCAGGAUACGACCGGUAUGUCCAUGUACUGCCUGACCAAGAACUCCAGGUGUUACCUGCUCCGCUUGGCAGAGGAAGGAGAGCCCGGUCUGAAGGAGCAGGAGAAAGGCGUUGAUCAAUUUGAGAGCAAAGACAACCCCGUCCUGGACGCGACGGGCAUCGAAGUCCACGCGAACCGCUGGGUCGUCACCGGCGUAGCAGACCGCUCCAAACUGCCCGAAGUUCUCGCCAGCUUCAAGCCCGACUUCAAGGUCUUCUUCGCAGACCACCUGGGUGACGACGCGGUCAUUCUGACAGACGAUGGCGGUGACGAGACUGACGACAAGCGAAAUCUGAUCCAAGGAUGUCCUAACGGAGGCAUCCCGCGGCCUAUGUACGCUGUGAGCAGCCCCGCUGGGUGUGAGUACCUGGUCUUCUGUCCGAGAGAUUCGAGCGGGAACGCCCAGUGUCCCCGUCGCCACGUCACCGACACCUUCUUCAUGUCUUGCCUGUGCUGCCCCGGUGUCACCGACAGGCAUAAGUGCCUGUACUGCAACAAUCUGAACUGCAACUUCGACCAAGGCACCGGCGUUUGCUAGGCCGGAAAAGACAACUGACAGGCGUACCUGUUAUUGAGCAAAAUGCAGCAGCCAGAGACACAAAACGUGUCCAGGUGUAGCUUAUAGCGGGAAUCAGGCUUUGAAAGCGCAACUUCUUGGAAAACAAUUUCCAUGCUAUGACCUUUGAA